CUGUCAUUUGUGUCCACUGUCCAAAUGUAUCAAUACCAUAAAAACAGAGUUUAAGUGGAACUAUAAUUUUUAUUUUAUUUUAUAUUUAUUUUACAUUGUCUUACAGAAAUCAUGUUAGGUAUUUUCAUGUACAUAUUUGAGUUAAAAAAAGAGUUACUAGUUGGUUUUUCGUUAUCAAUAUUGUAUAUAACCUAUUAUCUAGUGGAAGUGGUCAAGAAGCCUAUACUGAUAUGUCAAGAAGGAGAUUUUCGUCAGUUCCUAGAAGAGAAUGUGCCACUACUCAGUGAGCACUAUUGGCCAACACCAUGGUGUGUUGAGUCACGACUGCAGACUGUUCUUGGGUCUUUAUUGCGGUCUCGCCUCUUGCCACCUGUAAAAUAUCACCGAGAGGUGCUGCAAUUGUCUGAUGGUGGGCAAGUCGCACUGGACUGGGUACGGCACGAGGCGGGGCCCGCGCGCGCUGUCCUACUAGUGCUGCCGGGCCUCACGGGUAGCGCCGACGCAGAUUACGUGCGCUGCCUGGCCGCCGCCGCGUCUGCUCUGCGGGCACACUGCGUUGUCUUCAACAACCGCGGCCUGGGCGGCCUACCGCUGACUACGCCACGCCUGUACUGUGCCGUCAGCCACUCCGACCUGGCCGAAGUGGUGCGUGCCGUGCGCUCUGCUGCCGGAGACGUUCCGCUGCUGGCGGCGGGCGUGUCGCUGGGCGGCCUCAUCCUGGGUCACUACCUGGCCGAGCACGGCGAACGGGCCGGCGUGCACGCGGCACUGGCGGUGUCGUCCCCGCUCGACGUGGAGAAGGGCUCGGAGUCCAUGGAGCGUGCCCCGCUGAACGCGUUGCUAUCAUACCACAUGGCGCGCAACCUGCGUCGCACGUUACACGCGCACGAGCGCCUGCGCGCCGCGCCCUGUGACUGGAGCGGAGUGGAUCGCGCGCGCUCCGUGAGGGAGUUCGAUGCGGCCUUCACGACAAAACACUUCGGUUUCGGGUCAGUGGACGCGUACUAUCGCGCCGCCACCCUGCGCGACAAGCUGGCGGCGGUGCGCGUGCCGCUACUGUGCCUGUGCGCAGCGGACGACCCGUUCCAGCCGCUGGGCGCCAUCCCCGUGGCCGAGGCGGAGGCAGCGCGCAGCGUGGCGCUACUGGUGACGGCGCGUGGCGGGCACAUCGGGUUCCUGGAGGGCUGGUGGCCGGCGCGGGGUGCCUGCGACCAGUAUAUCGCGCGGCUGGCGGUGCAGUACUUCGCGGGUCUGCUGCAGCGUCGCGAGCUGCUGCAUGCCGCUCCCGACUGCUGACGGCCCGCGCGGGGCUAGCCUGGGCCCCGACUGCAGACGGUUCGGGGCUGGCCCCGACCUGACGUCACUCUACGCACACUAUGUGCGUUGUGAGCUUUGCCUUAAUAAUUUUUAACAAAGACUUACUUUGUUAAGACUCACGCAAAUAUUUGUGUAAAAGCGUAGCUUUUUACACUGACAGCUACAUAUCGUAAGUUAAUUUAGUACACUGUGAUUUACUAACCAUAGCAUAUUUUUAAUUUAAUAUAGUUGUAUGGGAUUACUAAGGUUGCAUAAUAAUUACUAAUGACAACGACAAACGCGCGCGUUGUAACGUUAUCUAAUUUUACGCACGAUUUAGACGAAUCUUCUUCGUGUUUAUGGGCCUUAAUAGUUGUUAGUACAUCCGUCGAGAGCGAUGCGUUCGAGAGAUAUAGUAUUAUUAUACAUGUUACAUUUGUUGCAUUUCAGAUAAUUUAUAUUAAUUAUUAUAUUAUUAUUUAAGCAAUUGGUGUUGUU